AUGGAAAGUUAUUUUGAGAAUAAUAAAACAAUGUUUAUUUCAUAUAGAAUAAAAGAAGAGCUCCCAAAUGGUACAUUAGUUGGUAAUUUAUUUAAUGAUGUUAAAAAAUUAUAUGAGAAAUUCAAAUUUACCACUUUAUCUUCAUUGACAACAGAAAUAAUAACGUUACAUUCAAUUAAACAAUUAAGGAAGUUUGAAUUAAAUCCUUAUGAUUUAAAUUCUAAAGAAAUAAGUGAUUAUUUUAAAUUAGAUCAACAAACUGGUGAUCUAUUUGUACAAAAUCGUAUCGAUUAUGAGCAUAUAUGCCCGAAACCUUUAAUUCAUUCUACCUCUUCCAUAAUGACUUCCUCUUCGUCAUCAUCAUCAUCAUCAUCAUCAAAAGCUCUUUCAAUAAUCCAUUCAAAAAAUCAUGGAUUAUUACAUCUUUCACGUUAUGAUUGUUUAAUUAAAUUGAUUUUAUUUGUAAGUUUAAAUAAUUCUACUGAUGAACGUUGGAUUCCAAUUAUGAUUUAUAUUGAAGAUAUUAAUGAUAAUCGUCCAAAAUUUCUUGAAUUAAAUUCAUCAAAUGCAUUUGAUUACUUUAAUGUAACAAUAAAAGAGAAUAUCCCACUCGGUACAAGAAUUCCUUUAAUGAAAGCAUAUGAUUUAGAUACAACGGAGAAAAAUGCUAACAUUUUAUAUAAAUUAAAUUAUCCUAUACAUGAUAAUCAAACUGAUUAUCAUCGAGUCUUCGGCUUAGUCACAUGUUCCACUGAUGAAUAUAAUGACAAUAAUAAUAAUCAACUCAAAGAUAGACUAAUCAAAGGAAGAAGUCAUGACGAUUUCCCAUGUUUAAUCAUUAAAGAUAGAUUAGAUUAUGAAAUGAAACAAUAUUAUUCUAUAGAACUAAUUGCAUGUGAAUCUGGUUAUUCAUCUAUGGAUUGUGCAAUAUUACCAAUAAAAAUUUCAAUCAUCGAUAUCAAUGAUAAUAAACCAAAAUUUAUAUUUCCAUUAGAAAAUUAUUAUUCAUUAAAUAUAUCAGAGAAUUUACCAAUUGGAACAUUAUUAUUAAAAAUUGAAGCUAUUGAUAUAGAUAGUGGUGAGAAUUCACGUUUAACUUAUAGUAUAACACAAAAUUCAUUUCGAAAAAAAUUAGUUACCAUGGCAACCAAUAAUAAUAAUAAUAAUGACUAUUCAAAUAAUGAUAAUAAUCAUAAUCAAUCCAAUUCAUUUAAUCAAUUUAUAAUCAAUCCAAAUAAUGGAGAGAUACGUUUAAAUCAAUUAUUACAUGCUCAUAUAACACAACAAAUUGAAAUUAUUGUACAUGUUAAUGAUAAUGGUUUACCGAUGUAUAAAAUUUCAAAAACUAUCCUAUUUCAUAUCAUUGAUAUUAAUAAUCAUGCACCAAAGAUACAAAUUAAAAAAAUUGAUUGUAAUAAAUUUAAUAUAGAAUCAAAUGAAAUUAAAAUUUCAAAUAAAAUUGAAUCUGGUAGUUAUAUCGGUUUUCUAGUGGUUAGUGAUUCAGAUCUUGGACAAAAUGGUCAAGUAACCUGUCAUCAAAAAUUUGAAGAUUAUAAUAAUCAUAAUAAUUGGAGGGAGUAUUCACAUUUUAAAAUUAAUCUAAUCAAUAAUGGUCAAAUAUCUAGUCAAUAUUUAUAUACAUUACAAGUAAUAAGAGAUGAUUAUAUAAACAAUGAAAACAUUGAUCUAUUCCAUUCUAAAAUCAAUACAUCAAUCAAUAAUCAAUCAGAAACAAAUUUUACACAAAAAUUAAUUUCAUUUAUCAUGAUUAUUACAUGUAAAGAUCAUGGUAGUCCAUCAUUUUUAACAACAUCAAUAAAUUUAAUCAUUACAGUGAUUGAUUAUCGAUUUAUUGAUUUAUGCUUUGAACAAAUGAAUUAUGAAUUAAUCAUUGAAGAAUCUAAUCAACCAUUAUUACAUUUAUUACAACCACAAUUAAUUGGUAUUGUAAAUCAAUUAAAUUUUAAUAUAAAACCUAAAAAUAAUCAAUAUAAAAUAGGUUGUGAUCAAUUGAAUAUAAAUCAAUUCACUGGUGAAUUAUCAGCACCAAAUGGUAUGGAUAGAGAAAAAAUAUCAUAUUUUAUAUGUAUAUUAAUAGCUAAAGAAAUUAAUAAUGAUCAUUUAAUCAAACAAAAUCGUAUUGCUCAUACUGAAUUGAUUAUUAAUAUUACUGAUAUUAAUGAUAAUGAACCCAAAUUAAAUAAUGAUAUAUUAUUAUAUGGUUUUACAAUAUAUGAAUGGGAUCAAUAUAAUAAUAAUAAUAAUAAUGAAAUGAAAACUGAUUUAAAUAAUCAAACAAAUUCAUAUAUCAUUGGUUAUUUAAAUGCAAUUGAUUUAGAUGAUGGUAUAAAUGGUACAGUAAUCUAUAGAUUAGCACAAAUUACGAUUGAGAAAACGAUUGAUUAUCAAAAUGAUACAAAUCAAUAUUUUAAUAAAAAUAAUGAUCAUGAUAAUAAUAAUGAUCUAAAAUCAAUAUUUCAUAUUGAUUCAACUAGUGGUUUAAUUAGUAUAUCAAAAAAUCAAUAUCAUUUCAUUGAUCGUGAACAAAUAAGUGUUUAUUAUUUACAAAUAAUUCUUGAAGAUAUGGGUUAUCCAAUUAAAUUAACUUCUAUACAAACAAUUAAUAUUUAUGUGAAUGAUAUAAAUGAUAAUGCACCAAAAUGGUAUCAUACAAUUGAAUCUAAUUAUAUACAAUUAAAUUCAUUAAAACAAAUUAUAAUUUAUCAUCUUGAACCAAUAUGGGAAAUUAAUCAAAAUUCACCAAUUGAAUUAAAAUCAAAAUUAAAUGCCUAUGAUAAUGAUUUAAAUGAUAAUGCUAAAUUACAAAUGUAUAUUAUUGAACCAAUUGAUGAAUAUCAACAAUUUAUUGGUCGAAACAAAUUAAGCUUACCAAUAGAUUCAUUAUAUGUAUCAAUUCAUGGUGAAUUAAUAUUAUAUAUUGAUAAAUUACAAGAAAUUUAUCAAUAUUAUACAUUUGUACGUGUACAAGAUCAUGGUAUUGAUAGACAAUUAUAUACAGAUGGUUAUUUUUUUAUACAAUUACCAAUAAAAACAAUGAAUAAAUUAGAAUUAUCUAUGAAUUCAUUAAAUAUAACAAAUCGAUAUAUUGAUCAUUUCAAUAAAUCAAUAAAUACAAAUCAAUUAAAAAUCAAUACUCAAUCAACAUGGUUAUGGUUCAAUGAAUUCAAGAUCAUGAUUCUAUUAAUUAUUUCAUUAAGUUUAAUUAUUAUCCUUUCAAUAAUUAUAAUUUUUAUUAUUUUUAUAAAAUUUCAUAAAAAAAAACAAAAACAUUCUAGAAACAUUUAUUUUCAUCAAAUAAUCGAUAAUAUAGAGGGGAAAAAUGAUACAUUGAAUUCAGAUUAUUAUACUACUCAUACAAGUAAUAGUAGUAGUAUUAAUAAUAAUAAUCAUCAUACAAUAAUGAAUAAAAAUGAUUAUUUAAUUAUGAAUUCAAAUUAUAAAUAUAAUCCAAUGAAUUUAAUUUAUCAAUCAUCUGAUCUAAUGAAUAAUCAUUAUUUCAAUGAUUCAAUGAAACAAUUGAAUUUAAAUACAAAUCCAUUGAAUAUAACAUCGAACUGUUCUAAUUUAUAUCCUCAUAAUAAUACUAAUAAUAAUACUGUUGAUCAUCAAUAUUCUCAUGAACAUGUUCAUGGGAAUGAAUUGAAUCAUUCAUAUGUUGAUUCAAUGUUUCAACAAAUAUCAACUCCAUAUGAAUUAUUUUAUCCAACUAUUUAUACUAAUUUAAUGACAACAUAUGAUUUGAAUAAAAAUGAGAAUAGUACAAUGAAUACGAUUACUACUACUACAACAACUACUACUAAUAUGAAUAGUAGUAGUAGUAGUAGUGGUAAUUGUAAUUAUCAAUAUUUUAAUAAUACACUUCAUUAUUAAAAGUAUAAAAUAUCAAAUCUACCUAUUGAUAAGUAGAAAGAAUUCUAUUGAACAAGUGACGAUAUCAUUGUCAUCAUCAUCAUCAUCAUCAACUGCAUCAUUGAUGGUACUGAUGAUGCUGAUGAUAAUAAUCACUUAUAAAGAACAAAAUAUAUAGUGAAUACUCAAUCAGUAAUGAUGAAAUAUUAUUGGGAUAAUUAUGAAUAUAUUGAGUUAUUGUAUACAAUGUUACACAUUUUUUGACUAUGGAUAGGUAUAGAAUAAAUAAGUUUACCGUAAUUUCAGCUUAGUAUAUUUGUGUAUAUGUGUGAUUGGAAGGAAAUGGGAUUGUAUAAUUAUCAACAAAUUCUACCUUCAUCAAAAAUUGUUGUAUUAUUUUUCUUUCUAAGUGUAGACAUUAUCAGAAUGAUAAAUUCAGUAUGUAACAUAUACUCUGCUGUGUACAACGAAAUUAAAAUUGUUUAUUUUUUUUUUCUUCUUCUCUCUCGCAAUUUACGUGUAUA